GGCUUCUUCACACGCCCGCUACGUCACUCUGGGGCCCGGGGAGGUUGGGGCCGGGCGGCAAAUGAAUUUGCCAUGCCUUCUCGUCGCUGACUCCGGGGAACCUGGGAGGAGUUGGUUGCAGGCUGCGGCCCUCAGGAGAGAGGGUCGCCUCGUCACUGAGGCUCAGGGAGCCACCCAGCGUCCUCUCCGGCCCUCCUCGGCACACAGCGCCCCGGGGGUUGCGUUUCAGGCGGCCUUGAGCUCGGACUGAUGCCUGGCCUGUUACAGUUCCUGCUCUCAGGAUCUUUGUGGGAAUUUCAGUAUAUGGAAAACUGUGUUCCAGCUGGUGUGAAUCCAGAGGUCUUAGUGUAGUGCUGGAACCAAAAUACUGUAUCAGCCAGCUGAGCACUCCCAGAAUUCCAUGGGUUUCUAAAUUACCUUUGCCCAGGAAGCACCAUGGCCCAUGUUGUCCUGAUUCCUUGGCUGUCUCGUGGUCCUGUGGGAGCCAUCUGCGCUCAGACUGCUUUGUGGAGAUUGACAGCCAGCACUUUACGUCACUUUACCCUAACCAGCAUGAUGAAAUCCAAAAGGAAAACUGAUCAUUUGGAGAGAACUGCAAGUGUCCUCCGACGGGAGGUCAUGGCAGCUGCUAAGGUGUGUGAAAUCACCUACCAGUCUCCAUCAGUGAAGAGCCUCCGCUUGCUUGUUGCUGAUAAAGACUUUUCCUUUAAGGCUGGCCAGUGGGUUGAUUUCUUUAUCCCAGGAGUCUCAGUGGUUGGUGGGUUUUCAAUUUGCUCCAGUCCCCAACUGUUAGAGCGAGAGAGAAUAAUAGAAUUGGCAGUGAAAUACACAAACCACCCUCCUGCUCUCUGGGUUCACAAUAAGUGCACACUUGAUUCUGAAGUGGCUGUCAGAGUGGGCGGAGAGUUCUUCUUUGACCCUCAGCCCACAGAUGCCCCUCGAAACCUCGUGUUGAUUGCUGGAGGGGUUGGGAUUAACCCCCUGCUUUCCAUCCUGCGCCACUCAGCAGAUCUCCACCGAGACCAAGCAGACAGAGGAAGGAGCCGUGAGACAGGAACAAUAAAACUGUUCUACAGUGCGAAGAACACCAGUGAGCUCCUGUUUCAGAAAGAUAUCCUCGACUUAGUGCAUGAAUUUCCUGGGAAGAUUACUUGCAGUUUGCAUGUUACAAAACAGACGACACAAAUCAGUGCAGAACUUAAGCCUUACAUCACAGAAGGAAGAAUUUCGAAGGAAGAAAUAAGAGAUCACGUUUCCGCAGAGACUCUGUUCUAUAUCUGCGGCCCGCCUCCAAUGACGGACUUUUUUUCUAAGCAACUGGAAAACAGCCACGUUCCCAAGGAACACAUUUGCUUUGAGAAGUGGUGGUAGGAAACAGGCACAGAAGGCCUGAGAGCCACUCAGAAGAGUGACACUCUUAAGUGUCCAGCACAAGACUGAAAAAAGAAAAAAGAAAAAACCAACAACAGAUUUCUACCAUAAGCUCCCACACACUUCACAGGGCUAUUCUAGACUACAUUGAUUUUUCUUUCACUAAUGCCCGUUUAAUUUAUGUCGUGAUAGCCCAUUGUUAUAAAGAGUUUCUGACCCCUAAGAUAGGGUCAGUUAUAUAAAAGAUGUAUUCGUUACCCACUAGCUGGAAGACAGUUCCAGAGCCAGAUUUGAGUUUGCCAUAGAGAAGGGUAUGGGGAAAGGCUUUUUAAAAGCAAAAAAAACCACAGGAAGGACUUCAUUAUCUAUGUAAGCAAGCAAAAACUGGUCUGUUCUGCCAAGUUUAAAUAGUUAAAGGAACUCAAAACAAUCUUUGCAUAUCUGUGAAAGCAAGUUACAGAAGCAAAAACAAAAACGGUUAUAGCAAGUAAAUGGUCACGGCUGUAUAUUUCUGGGUGGGGGUCACUGAGUCACAGUUGUUUUCUGGGAAACAACCAUUCUGGAAUUUUAGUGAGUCUAGGGCAAAUUGUACUCUUAGGUACUGAGAUGGAAGUCUGGCACAAAAUGGAGUUUCUCUGGUUGGCCUUUACACCAUCAACUGAUUGAUACAGAUUUUUUUGCCCUUGGGGGCAAAAGUAGUUUACUUACAUUAAUUAAAGGAAAAUGUGGGGUUUGUGUGAACUAUAUACUUCUUUAAAUUAUUGGACAGAAAGUCAUAAAACUUAUGUUUGGUGAAUUUAUAAUUUUAAUUACAUUCUUAAUUUUAUUUUGAAAAGUC